CCCAUGAACCCGCCACUGGGAUAAGUGGGUACAGAAGUCAUGUCACCGUAAACAACAUGCAGAAAUAAAGACAUGAAAGACACAAACCUGCGUCACAAACGUCUGAAGCCAUUGGUAUAGGAGGACCAACUUGGAAAUAUGUUCGCUUUAACAGAGCUCAGUUUAACGGAGUGCUGCCUGACGCAUUUAGUAAUUCAAAAAGAGAGCACGGGACAGACGAUCUACAUUCAGUUGGCGGAAGCAGUGGGAAUUUAUGCGUUGUGGUGCUAUUAAAACAUGUGGCUAAUGUGUGCCCUCCUCGUGAAUGAUGGGCCCUGGGGCUAGUCAAAUGGCUGGAUAUGUUUGUGUUUGGACAAUAUCCAUCUUCACCGGAAUGUUCUAUCAAGAGGGUCUGUGAGAGAGUUGCUUCCCAGUUAAGUUGUCAUAAUAGAUCACCUUCAAUACUAGCUGCGUGAGAAGCACGAGGCAACAUUCAAGAUGAUGGAGCCUGGUAAUUCAGCAAAUUUUACUAUCGCUGCUUUGUUGGGUUCCUCAAGACCGCAGCAAGAACUUAUCAGGGACACAGCGCCAUUUCAUGAUCACAGACUUCAUGGGCCUCAGAGAAACGGGCUUGGGUUCCAUGCAACCAUGGAAAGCGACGAGGAGGAUGGUCAGGAAUCUCGAAUUCCAGACAAUCGAAUCGUGGCAUCAAAAGAAGAAGACAGCCGUGAGUCUAAAGCCACAAGGAAGUCUGUAAAAACGAGGAGAAAAAGAACAGCGUUCACAAGUUUUCAAUUAAAAUGUCUAGAGGAAAAGUUUAUGAUGAACAAAUAUCUCACAAUUGCAGAGAGAGAUAUGUUAGCAAAGUCUCUUCAGCUCAGUAACAAACAAGUCAAAACUUGGUUUCAAAAUCGUCGUACCAAAUGGAAAAGAGAAAAUGUUGGAGAAGCAAUUCACUUGGCCUAUGAAAUACAAAGGAGUAGUAUUGGACCUUACCACCCUCCAUGGGUGCCUAUUUGUCAUUGUCCGCCUCCUCCUCCAAUCUACAGAAUGAACACAAUGUAUUCCUGUCCACCCCCAACGUUUAUUCCGCCACACGGAGCUCAAUAGUUUAAGGCACCGCCUAUCCUUGGUUUUCUUCCUUUCCACGAUUUGCGACAGAGUACCGGGAUACGACGUAAUAAGACACUGAACCAAGUAAGAGACCAUAUCCUGCAUUGACUCUGUAUUUCCAAACACAAUCUUGCUGUAUUAUUCCAAAUCGGUCAUUGGUUCGUACGGUGAAUUGUGUUUAACGAUGUUAGUAAUUUUUCUUGAUUUAUAGCUUAUCAUUUUACCGUGCAAAAAGUGCGUUAUUUUUGGGCAUAGAUCCAAAUAUACAAAAACGUAGAUACGUGGUAAUGAAAGGUUUCCUUGUGUAGCUAUGGUUUGGGUUGAAAGUUAGUACUGAACUGGUAAUAACUAUCUCUUACCAACUAAAAUAUCAGUUUGAUGGUCACAAAAAUCCGCGGCAAUAAUUGACUUUGCCUUUCUUUCUAGAAUAGCUGAUUGUAAUAUAUAAUUUCUUUGUCGCACACUACGUUCUAAGUCUUACAACAGUUUUAAAUACUGCCAUGCCUGUCUGGCAAUCAUUUGGAAAUACCUUAUCAUCUUGUCCAUCCCAGUGGGAGAUACAAAGAAAAUUAUUUUUUUCAAAUUUUUCUAGUUUUUUCUGAGUUUAUUGAAUGCCUUUACCUAAUUUUAUUUUAUUUAUUUGCAUUGAGUUGGCACAUCGAAUUGGGUUCACCCUAAAUAUUUGAUUAGUAAUAAGUUUCUCAUAUGCAAAUGGUAUUACAGUUCUCCAUUACAUAUUUGCCAUCCUCGUUCCAUCUUCAUUACUGCCCUAUAUGAUCUUUGUUUUUUUUUUUUCUAUUAUCCCAUGUCUUUCAUUGAAAUAUCUUUUCUCAGUCGAUUAUAUUCCUUUCCAAGUAAAUUGUAACAUUACAAAAGGAGUUGCAAUUACCUCAACUUAGACAGGACUUUGAAUAUUUUCCACAACCUUCAAACCUAGCAUUUGAAAGAGUAGUGGUUGUGAAGUGCGAGAGAGGUAACUGUUACAUUUUUUUUCUCUGCUGCUGAAUGAGGCGUUUUCCGAUAACGCACUUUUAGAAUAAGUCACGAUCGAUACUGUGACUGUAAUUGCAGUUUUCUAAUGGGAGGUCGCCAAAAUUGAGUUGGCGAAACUAUUUGAAUAUCUCAAUAUUAACCUCGAAUAUUGGCCUCGAACACGUACAAUGGGACCUUUUUCAAUUUUAUAGUUCAAUUUUUUUGUACAAUUUUUUCGGUCCCAUUUCUCGCUUAAUUAAAUCAUCAUUAUUCCUC